CUUCGUUCGCGCCUCGUUUAUAAAUUAAUUCAAUGCGCAUGCGCUUAAGUUUGUCUUUAUUGUGAGUAUCGAACUGUAAGCAUAGUAUAAACGUUAGGUAAAAUAGAGAAGAGGUUAUCGUGUGCGUCUAUAAUUUGUAUGUGUUUUUCAAUAUUUCUAAUCGAAAGAGUCUUUAAUUUUGAAUUAAUUAAAAAAAAAUUUCAGUGUGUUAUUCGAAUUAGUAUAAGAAAAAGCCAAAAUGUCGAUCGGAGUACCGAUAAAAGUACUCCAUGAAGCGGAAGGUCAUACCAUAACCUGUGAAACAAAUACUGGCGAAGUAUAUCGCGGCAAAUUGAUAGAAGCCGAAGACAAUAUGAAUUGUCAAAUGCAAAAUAUUACUGUAACUUAUAGGGAUGGUCAUGAGGUGCAAUUAGAAAACGUUUAUAUUAGAGGUUCGAAGAUUAGAUUUCUCAUAUUACCAGAUAUGUUGAAGAACGCGCCAAUGUUUAAACGACCAGGAGGAAAAGGUUCAGGAACCGCAGGCAGAGGAAAAUCUGCUAUCUUACGUGCCCAAGCUCGUGGAAGAGGUAGAGGUCAAAAUCAAAGAGGUAGAGGAACAGGUUCUGCACCUUGGCUUAAUCAACAAAAUCAACCUGGAGGAUCUCAAGCAGGAAGAGGACGAGGUUAAAUUGUAUUAUAAUAGGAAAACUUAUAAUAAGAAAAAAAUUAUUGAAUUGAAUCUGUAACUAAUCUUUUUAUAUCGUUUAUAAAAGAUGUUUCAAUAAAUUCCUUUUGAUUGCAAAAAUA